AUGCACCGUUCCUAUUCAGAUUCCCACUCGCACCCAUCACUCCACUCAUCGCCCCAGCAGUUCCCCCACCAGCUCACCCAGCAGGACUACUUCCCCUACCACCCCCGCGUCCCCGUCAAGAGCGCGACCUACGCAGGGCCCUCGUCUCACCAGCAGCAGCUCCAUGUUUCCACCGCCCUCCCGCCCGCCCACGACCACGACGAGCACACCGCCCGCCCCGCAAAUGCCCACCGACACACCCUCUUUCACGCCCAAUCGCUUCCACCUCAAAGCCACGACCUUCUCGGAGCAACACCCACAGCGACGACUCCGCCAGAGCAGUUGCCUCUACCGUCUUCAAAUCCGCCGACAGCAGACACGGAUCCCACCCCAGGCCUUGCAAAUGGCCUCUCUCGCCCGCUGACAUCCCAGGAGCAGGAGCGCUUAGCACAGCUUGAUAGGCUCAAGUUUUUCCUUGCGACCGCACCCAGCCACUGGGAUGCACACGGCGUACCCGGGGGCGAAGGAAUCUCGUCGGCUGUGGUCCCUGCGGACGGAAUGAAUCAAGGCCAACCCCUGGCAUCGCUGCCCCCAUCGAUGCAUGCUCUACCGACAGCGCACCCCUUUCUCAAUCGCUUUCUCCUUCCCUCCAACGAGUUUGUUACUUGUGUGCUCUGGAACGGGCUCUUCCACAUAACAGGGACCGAUAUCGUUAGGGCGCUUGUAUUCCGUUUUGAUGCAUUUGGCCGGCCAGUACGCAACAUGAAGAAAUUCGAAGAGGGCGUAUUCUCCGAUCUGCGAAACCUCAAGCCGGGCGUCGACGCCUCACUCGAGGAGCCCAAAUCGCCCUUCCUCGACCUCCUUUUCAAAUACCAAUGCAUCAGGACGCAGAAAAAGCAGAAAGUAUUCUAUUGGUUCUCGGUGCCUCACGAUCGGCUGUUCCUGGAUGCCUUGGAAAGGGAUCUCAAGCGGGAGAAGAUGGGCCAGGAGCCGACAACUAAGGUUGUUGGCGAGCCAGCCCUGAGCUUUACUUAUGAUGAGAGGAGGGGCCUCUAUGAACAGUUCAUUGCUAGUGUUCGCAAGGAUGGCAAGAACACGUCAUCCCGUAAGAAGCGGGGUAGACCCAACAAUGGUGACGAUGGCUACAGCGGGGAGGGCGAAGAAGGUGUCACUUCAGACGGUGAAGCAAGCGGUUCCGAUAGCGGCAGCGAAGGCGAGGAAGGAUCUGGAAACGACGGCGAAGAUCGCGGUCGUUCGUCAAGGCGGAGGAAGUCUGCAUUGGGGUUCUCAGGCGAGGAUGCCGAUGACGAGGCUGGGAUGAGCGAUGCUACAGGAAGCUCGGUCUCACGAGAGAGCAGCGUGGACGGAAGCGAGGUGAAGGAGAAGAGGAGCAAACGGAGAAAGAAGGACUCGCGAGGCUCCUUGCCCGCUGCGGUCACCAGCAACCGCACACCGUUCUUUUCGAUGUUCAGCCUUUUCGAGGGGAGUCCUACGUACAAGCAGAGGCGUAAGAAGAAUACAGCCAAUAAGUCUGCACUCUCGGGCGCACCGAUCAAUGGGCCGGGGGCAGCAGAGCGAUCGAGGAGUUUGGGCGGUGAUUACAGCGAGGGCGAGGUCCCUGGGGUCAGCGCGGCCGAGAUGUUCAUGCGACAGGCUCGCGGGGAGCUCCCAGGCGGAACAAGACGGCGACGGGACACAACCACGCGGGGCCACGUUAACAGGCACUCCUUCCACGCCGUCGGCGAUGGCUAUUAUCCCCAUCAACUCGAUCCCUCAAUGCACGGCGUGAAUGGUGGAAUGGGAGGAUACUACAACAACAACGGAUACAACAGCGACUAUACUGGAGGAGGCGGGAACGGUGAAUACGGUGACUACGCGGCUGCGCGAGGCGUCGAUGAUGUUUCUAUGCUUAAUGUGAGCGCUGCGUUCCCCGGUGUUGGGGGCGGGAAUUUGGGGAUGGGGAUGAUGGGUGGAGGAUUUGGAAAUGGAGGUAUGGAUGUCAACGGUGUUGGUGUGAGCAUGGGAGGCAGUAUGUCGGCGGGGUAUGUCGAUCAGUCCUUCGCGAGUCAGCAAGCGCAAGAUCCCAUGGGCGGCGCAAUGGGCCUACCAAACGGCGGCGAUCCGAAUGCGCUGGGCCUUGGUCCUGGCGCGCCGGCGUUCGGCCAUCCAGGGCAGCAACAACACGCUUUGGCUGGCGGCGUAGGGGGUGUGGGGGCAGCAAAGGCGUAUCCGUGCCCGCUAUUCUCGUGUGGGAAGAUGUUCAAGAGAAUGGAGCAUCUGAAGCGUCAUGUGCGGACGCAUACCAUGGAGAGGCCAUAUGCGUGUCCGCGAUGCACGAAGAGGUUCUCGAGGAGCGAUAAUCUGAACCAGCACGUACGAACGCAUCUGAGGGCGGAGGGCGGUGUCGGGGAUGCCGGUAUGGGAGCGCUGGGGGCAAUGGGAGGGCUCGGGUUAGGGGACGGACUGCAGUGGUACAGUGGCGAAGAGGACAACAGCAGCAUCAGCGGAGGCGGCGAGUCCGAGCUCGACGAUCCUGAGAGCAGCUCCCUCGGCGGCGACUUCCCCGCCGACAUGAGUGCGCUGAGCCUGGCCAUGGACCCCGGUAUGAACGGACUGCAGGGAUCGACGGGGAUCGAGAUGAACUUGGGUAUGUUUGGCGGCGCGGCAGGGAUGGGGAUGGGUAUGGGUAUGGCUGCUGGUGUGACGGGGGUCCAGGUGGCGAGCCGAACGGGGAGCGGCGAUAUCCCUAUGGCGGAGGAUGCGAACGGCGAACAAUGGGCCGUCCGGAACCCCCGCGCCAGCCCGGCAUUCAGCGAUUCGUCGCCACCCCUUGGAUCGUCGAUGCAGUUGAUGAACAACAACCAGGCGACGAAUUCUCCAGGAAGUUUCCUCAAUCAACCAUUGCCCGGUGGAUCGGCAUUCCCUGACGACUACGCGUCACUGAGCGCGCCAUCGCAUAAGCAAGUGUUCGACCAGACCGCGUUGUAUGGACAUCUGGACAACGGGAUGGGUGGUGUGCCACCGAGCAGUGCUGGAGGGCCGGUGAGAAGGCAUAGGAGCAUGACACCGUCCGUAGUGAGACAUGGAGAGCAGAUUCGACGGCCGUUGACGUCUACUAGUGGGGAUUUCUCCGCUGGACUUCCUGGCACGGGGAGUGUGAACAACGGCUCUCCUGGAUCAACAUCGUCACUCUCUGGUGUCGCCGCUGGAAACGGUACCAGUCGAGGGUACCAUCCAUACGCUGCGUACUCGGCUUCAGCCUCCCGGAGUAACUCUGCGCAAAACAGCCCGAUGACCUACCCGCUUGCUCUUGGGCCGGACUAUGGCGUCCAGCCGAUGCGUCGCAGCGACUCCAGGGCGUCGAAUGCGAGUGCGAGUGGAGGAGGGGGAGGGGGAGGAAGUGGCGGGGCGUUGCAUGAGCAGAUGCGGGCGAUGAUGAAUAUGGACCUGAACGGUGCUCAGCAGCAGGCUGGGAGUGGUGGUGUGUUUGGGAGCGAUAUGUACCGAACGGACAGCCCAGGACCGCUGCAAGGAAGCCACAGCGUUACGGCGAGUCCGGCACCGUUCGUUGGGGGAGAGCUCCCUGGACAGUACGGCGACCAACACUUUGUGCCGAUUGAUGGGCAGUACGAUCCUCAUGCGCAGGCGAGAGAAGGGUACUUCUCGUGA